AUGACGCAGUCAAACUACAAGAUCGAUUGGAACAAACGCGUGCGACAAGAAUAUUUCAGUCUUCGAUCAUGUGUUGUCAAGAGCAGUGUUCAUGCAUAUCGAGACCAAGCUGUUCCGUUGUACACCUUGAACACAGUCCCUAGUCUUCCCAUAUGCUAUUCAUGGGUUCCCGUUCAUCAAAACUUCAUGGUAGAAGAUGAAACAAUAUUACAUAACAUUCCUUAUAUGGGUGAUGAGGUACUUGAUGAGGACGGAGCAUUUAUUGAAGAAUUAAUAAAAAAUUAUGAUGGGAAAGUCCAUGGAGAUCGUGAAGGCGACUUUAUCAACGAUGAGUUGUUUCUCGAGCUUGUACAGUCGUUAAACCAGUUAAACAUGCAAAGAUCGCGAAGACCUCUCCGUAACAAAAUGAAUGAUGGGAAGGAAAAAACUCCAGAAACAAUCGAGAAGAGCAAAGAGUUGAGCACAGAGGAAGAAAUAGAUGUCGUAUCAGAUGGAAACAAAGAUGGGGAAACAAGUAACGACCCAAACUCCAACUUACCUUGUCAUCAGAUCUUCUCGUCUAUUGCCGACCUUUUUCCAGAUAAAGGUUCAGUUGAAGAUUUAAUCGAGAAAUAUAAAGAACUCACAGAAGUUUCAGAUCCAGAUAAAGUGGUUCCUGAUUGUACACCUAAUAUCGAUGGUUCUUCCGCUAAAUCUGUUGCCAGAGAAAAUGCUCUUCAUUCAUUUCAUGAAUUGUUUUGUAGAAGAUGUUACAAAUAUGAUUGCUUCCAACAUAGCCACACCUAUCGUCCACCUGCCAAAGUAAACAGAAGAAAAGUUUUAGACGUUCGCGCUCCCACUGAAGUUUGUGGUCCCAACUGUUUUCUGAAUCUCGAUGGCGCUAUGGAGUUCACCCUGUUUCACCGUCGAGCGUCCAUGAGGCACAGUUCAAAUAAGAAGUUGCAGCAAUUAAGAAGUGGAGGCGGGGGAUCCGGAAGCAGCAGCGGGAGUCGACCAAGCACUCCAACGCCAAGUGAAAGUGAAACCGACACAACGGAAGAAAAAGACAGUUCUAGUUUGGUUAAGUUGGAAGAUCUUCCGGAGCAGCUUCGUGAGGUUGAAUGGGAUGGAGCAGAGUCAACUCUAUUCCGUGUCCUCCACGAGACUCUUCUCACAAACUUUUGUGCAAUUUCAAAAAUGAUUAAAACCAAAAAUUGUCAGCAGGUAUUCGCGUUCGCUUUGCGUGAAGCAUCCAACCUCACGAACCAACCACCUGGUGCAAGCAGUCUUAACCCUGAACACGACAAUAUAGAGUUUUCACCGCCUAAGAAGAAACGCAAGCAUCGUCUGUGGUCACUACAUGCGCGAAGGGUUCAGCAAAAGAAAGAUAAUUCGAGCAGCCACGUGUAUAACUACCAGCCCUGCUACCAUCCAGGCCAACCGUGUGACAGCUCCUGUCAGUGUGUGGCGCUAGGGAACUACUGCGAGAAAUUCUGUCAAUGCGCGAGUGACUGCCAUAACCGCUUCCCUGGGUGUCGUUGCAAGGCGCAAUGUAAUACCAAACAAUGCCCUUGCUAUCUUGCUGUGAGGGAAUGCGACUCUGACCUAUGCACGCAAUGCGGGGCCGACCAGUUUGGUGAAAACGCAUGGAAAUGUUCAUGCAAGAAUGUUCUAAUACAACGAGGUUUACAUAAGCAUCUGCUACAAGCUCCAUCUGAUGUAGCGGGGUGGGGGAUCUACAUUAAACAGGACGUUGCAAAUAAAAACGAAUUUAUAUCUGAGUAUUGCGGUGAGAUCAUAUCUCAGGACGAAGCAGACCGCCGAGGGAAGGUAUACGACAAAUACAUGUGUAGUUUCCUGUUCAACCUUAACAACGACUUCGUGGUCGAUGCCACAAGGAAAGGAAACAAAAUCCGAUUCGCCAACCACUCCGUAAACCCCAACUGCUAUGCCAAGGUGAUGAUGGUUAACGGCGACCACAGAAUCGGGAUCUUCGCCAACCGACCUAUCCAGGCAGGGGAAGAACUCUUCUUCGAUUACCGUUACAGUCAAUCCGAUGCCAUGAAGUACGUAGGCAUAGAACGAGAAAUGGAGCCCGCCUGAAAGCAUGUUGCCAGUUUCAAGUGAUUUUUACCGAACAGCGAUACAGCAUGUCUUAUGUCGGCAACACUACUAAAGGGAUAUUGUUUUUCCGAAAAAGAAUUUUCUUUUUUAUUUGCGUGCAACGUUAAACUAUAUUGAUUUAAGAUUGUGUUGCAAUAUUAGCAUCAAUUACAAAAAAAUCAUUGCGAAAUCAUUUCAUUUUCCUACGAAAUCGUUGUAUUUUUUGCUGAAGUACGCAACAUGUAAUGUUAAUGGUGUCAUUUGUAUAUACAUGCACGUUUUAGUUGCUGCUAUCCGAAACGUUAUCGUGCGCACUGGUUGCACAUUAGAUGUGAUUGAAAAUAAACUGGACGCUUCAC